ACUGUGCUCGUCUGUCACUGUCAAAUUAAGUUAUCACGAAAUCAUCAUUGUUUCUCAGUGAACUUUGCACAUUUUAAUAAAUUUGAUAACACACUUAUCUAUCAGAAACAUCGGAAUCCAAUUAACUAUUUGACUUGUGGCUAUUUACUUUUACAUUACUUUUGUUUUUAUUCAUACUCACAAUGUCAAUAAAUAAACUUGUGGGGGUGGACUGCGGGGGUAACAAUUCGUUGGUCCAGCUAUCGAAUAUUGUUCGUCGAGAUGCUUCCCUCCAACAGCCACAGACGCAGUCUGACAGGUUUGUUCAGGAAUUUAUGGCACAAAAUUCCCAAAUACCCCAAACUUUCAACAUGAAUACAUUACUAAACAAUUUACCAAAGGAUAAUAUUCAGAAAAGUAGUGCUUCAACGUCGCGUGUUCCUGAUGUCGCUAUGCACAUGAACAGGCCAUGGGGAGCUGCAGGGCCGUCUUCCUCCUUCAUGCCCCACACUAUGAUGCCAAAUUUCCCCAUGAUGCAACAACCUAUGCUGCCUUCUCGUCCAAUGUCGAAUGUUCAGAUACAAUACGUCAAUGAGUCUGAUAUUGAAAUGACUAACAAUGAUGUAAAAGCUAAAGCUCAAGAGUAUGUUGAAACUAUGAAAGAUGAUGAUGAAAUGGCAUACAAUCAGUUUAUGUCUUUUAUGAAGAAAAUUAGUGCUGGAGAGCUUAACUUAGGUGCAUCUGAGCAAACUGAUGAAAGAAAAAUGAGUCGAGAAGAUAUCUUAGAUGAAAUGAUUGAUAAAUACAAAGAUGAAUGGGAUAAAUUAAGUGAUGUCACUAACUACUGGGAUACAGAAGCUGCAAAUGGAAUAGCCAAAGAAUAUACAUUUACAGAAGGCAAUGUCAUGUUGGAAAAUAAAAGUGCUCUUGACAUAGGGAAGGAAAAGUUAAAGAUGGGUGACAUUCCUGGUGCUGUCCUGUGUUUUGAAGCAGCUGUACAGCAACAGCCAGACUCAGCAGAGGCAUGGUUCCUCUUGGGAACUACUCAAGCUGAAAAUGAACAAGAUCCUUUGGCAAUUACAGCAUUAAAGAAAUCUUUACAAAUAAACCCAACACAAUUGGAAGGGUAUAUUACAUUGGCAGCAGCAUACACAAAUGAAAAUAUGUCCAAGUAUGCUUUUGUGUCUUUAUUAGACUGGCUGAAAGCCAGUCCUAAAUAUUCUGACAUAUUUCCACAAGACAUAGACCCUAGGAAAUUAGAUAUUAAGGAAUUGGAGGCUCAUGUCAAAUCUCUGUACCUUAAGGCAGUACAGUUGAAUUUGAAUCAAAUUGAUCCAGAUGUCCAGAAUGCUUUGGGUGUUGUCUUCAAUAUUAGUCAAGAAUAUGAUAAAGCUGUUGAUUGUUUUAAGACAGCUCUAAUGGUAGCUAGUGACAAUGCCAAGCUGUGGAAUAGACUAGGUGCUACCUUAGCAAACAGUGACAGAUCUGAAGAGGCAGUUGAUGCUUAUCACAAGGCCUUGCAUUUAGAACCUGGGUUUAUCAGAGCCAGGUACAAUGUGGGAAUCACAUGCAUGAACUUAGGAGCUCACAGACAAGCUGCUGAGCACUUCCUGGUGGCUCUGAAUCAACAGCACAAAGCAAAGAGCUUGUUCCCAGACUCCUCUAACACAGACACCAGUUCAUCUACAAUAUGGACAACAUUGAGAAUGGUCUGCUCAUUUAUGGGAGAACAUGAUGUUGCAAAGUUAGUUGAUGACAGAAACUUGGAUGAGCUUAACAAGUUUUUUGAAAUAGAAUAAUAAUUAAUAAUGUAAAUAGAAGGGUACAUUCCCAAAUUGUUUAUCAGUUAAGGUUCUAUGUGUGUACAUAAUAUCUAUGGUUUAAAUACUCUGCAGUUACAAGUUGAAAUGUUCUAUUAGAAUAAAUGUGUAUAGGUAAAAAAAAAACAAAUCAAUAUUUUUAGGUGUUCUCAACCUGCUUAUGUUUAAGUUUAUUGUUAUAAACUAGUAAAUGUUUAUAAGGGACAGUUUGGUUGAUGGACUUAUUUUAUUUGGGACUGAGUAUAAUAUAUUUUUUAAUCUUUUAAA